AAGGUUGACUCACGGGAGAAUAGUGUUACCUAGGAGCGUUGCAGAUACGUGGACCAGAAGCUGGGAAAAAGCAUUCUUUGGAACGAAUUGCUUCUGAAAGAGCUCAGUCGUAGAUCUCACUUCAGGUUUGAUACCUUCCGACGAUUUGCACCUGAACUACUCGCCUCAACAAACACCUCUGACUGUGAUGCAAAGGUAGACCUACAACUUUACGAUACGGUUUUAAUUUAUAAAUAUAUAUUUUUUGUUAUACUUUACCGUUAAUUUUAUGUAACUUGUAAGA